UUUAUUAUAUAUUCGAUGCCUUGGAACCAGGGCAGUUAACGUUUUAAUUUCGCGGCGAAUUUCCGGAAGGGAAAUCUCCGAGCGGGAGAGAAGAUACCCCCAACACAGCAGUCCGCUUAAGCUAAGGAGUACCACUUUUGCCUUAAAGGAAACAAAACAUAAUUUUAGAGCCGCUGCCUCCAUUCCUCCCUCCCCCGCCCCGCAAUCCCGGACUACAGGUACGACGGAUACAGUCGCGGACCCUUAUAGCGAAGGAAGGACCGAAGGCUCGGGAGGGCUUGUGCUGAGAGGUGGCUUCGCAGAGGAGGCUCUUUUAACCUUUAGUGAAGGAGGGGUCGUUUAAGGCCCCCCGCCGGGAUGUGGAGGGCCCCCCAAUCUUCGCAUAUUCUUCUCUCUCCCACUCUCCCUCUUUUUUUAAAGAAAAGAUGGCGGCUGAGAAAAAGACUGCUGUUAAAGCAGUCAUGAAGAAAUGCAAUAAAUUCCUUGUUGUUUUAUGAAAAUUUACAACUUUGUGAUAGAACUUUAUGAGUGGCUGGGUUCUGCGAUUGGCCAGAGCUGGUCAUGUGGACUGCUAACCGUGAACAUGAACUUUUUAUGAUUUCCCAUGUGGUUAUUCUACCAUUCUUUUGGCCGCUGUACCUUGGGUCGGAUCACUGUCCUCUGUAGGACUGUCGUCUCUUUUAACAUUUUUUUUUUUUUUACUUUCAUGUAUAAGCUCAAUAGGGCUAAAAAUAGAGGAGGAGCAGGGGAAGCGCGGGCACAAACACACACACACACACAGUCUCUCUCUCUCCCUCAUACACACACACUCGCAAACAUGCACGCACAUAUCUGGGACUAAGCUUAGAUUGCUAAUAUUAUUGAUCCCCUCCUACCCUUCCUUUCCCAAUUCUCUCUGUACUGACUCGGGUUCUCUGUCUAAUGAUGGAGGGGGAAAUGGAGACUCGGUACCGGAUGGAGGUUUUGGUCAUUUUUCAAAGAGGGAAGUUACUCCAUUUUCUGUACAAAAGGACGCGGCAAAGGAAAAAGCUCUCAGAAGUCGCAAUGGACGGCUAUCAGGUUGGGACAAUAUUUGUCAGCUUACAUAUAAAAGCAAACGCAAUUCUAUCUCCCCCCCUUCCUCCUCCUUCGCCUCCUCCUCCUCCUCCUCUUCAUCCUCCUCCUCCUCCCAAUCCAUAGAAGGAUGGGCGUCAAAAGGGAGAAAGAGACAGGCUGUUCUCUCUCAAGCCUAGAGGAGCCUGUUCAGUUCGGCCAGGAGCAAGCCCGGAAGUCGGACUGCUCACAGAGCAAGCACGUUUUCGGGGACAACGAGGAUCAAAAGUGCUCCACGCCAGUGUACCCUUGGAUGCAGAGGAUGAAUUCCUGCAAUAGUUCCUCCUUUGGGCCGAGUGGCAGGCGAGGGCGACAGACUUAUACGCGCUACCAGACUCUGGAGCUGGAGAAAGAAUUUCACUUUAACCGUUACCUGACCAGGCGCCGACGCAUCGAGAUCGCUCACGCCCUGUGUCUGACGGAGCGCCAGAUAAAAAUCUGGUUCCAGAACCGAAGGAUGAAAUGGAAAAAGGAAAACAAGCUUCUCAACUCCACUCAACUGAGCGCCGAGGAAGAAGAGGAGAAACCAACGGAAUGAAAGAGGGGGGGAGAGAGAGAGAGAGAGAGAGAGACCAAGCGAAUGAAUGAAUGAAUGAAUGAAUGGGAAAGAAAGCAAAAAUGCCAACAGUUGGGGAAGCUCCAGAAAUGGCAACCCCUCCCCACCCCCAAAAGGCACAACUGAGACACACAUUUUUGUAAAAUAACUGAGACUGUAUGGCGGUGUCUUCCUUUUGCACCCUCGCUUGCAUUCAGUAAUUUGUCGUAUCAUAAUCAAGUUUCUAGUCCAAUUUAUUUUCCCACCCUCUUUAUGCCCCCCUCCCUUUACCACAGAUGGGUUUGUGGUUGCGUUUUGUUUUGUUUGAUUUACCUUUGGGUGUCCUCCUUAGGAUUCUUGCUAACCCUUGUAUUUAAGUGGAGGUGCUGCAAUAUAUGUGUCAGGUUUUGGGCUUGUUGAUUGUCUAUUUUGUAAAACAGAAGUGUCAUGCACGAUUUUACUUAUUUGUUUGCUUUUUUAUAUAAAAUUAAGUUAAUCAAACACUAGGUUCUUUGUCAUUUAAGGGUUUUUGUUUUAAGCAAAAUUAUAUUAAAAAGGAACAAUUGCAACCUAAAAAGUAUGGUGG